GAUGAGUAUGAUGCACAAUAAUAUUGGUAGGUAGGUAUAAUAACGUGUAGCGUAGGACGCACGUGAUUUCAACGGAGUAUUAAUAAUACGCAUCAUUUCUAUUCUCCGAACAGCGUAACAAACAGUGAAUAUUAUACACCCGCGAGGUCCGCGCGGGCAGUGUCAACCGCAGCUGUCCGCGUUAAUAUUUUUUGUAAUUUUUUUUUUUGGGACACAUCAUACGAGUGCACACGAGUGAAGAAUCAUAAUAUUUUUGAACCAAUAACAACCAUAACACAAUAAGUAACACGAUGGAACAGUGGAGAGGCAAAGUGGCUAUAGUUACUGGCGCCAGUGCUGGAAUCGGGGCGGCCAUCGUGGUCAAGUUGGCGGAGAGCGGCGUGCACGUCGUGGCGAUCGCCAGGAGAGAAAACGCGCUCAAGGAAUUAGCCGAAUCUGUAACUGACAAAAGCUACGGGACUAUUUAUACAAAGGUAUGCGACGUCACUAACGAACAAGCUGUAAAAGAUGUUUUUUCGUGGGUAGAUUCAACACUAGGAGGCCCCAGUAUUUUAAUUAACAAUGCUGGAGUUGCAAAAGUAUCGAGCCUUUUAAACGGAAAACUGGAGGAUUGGGAAGAAACAUUUGAUCUCAAUGUUCUGGCAUUGAGCGUGUGUUCGAGAGAAGCUUAUAAAUCGAUGACAAAAAACAAAAUCGAUGGGCACAUUAUUCAAAUAAAUAGUAUUGCUGGUCAUGGUUUAACUCCGUAUUUUGGGUUCAAAAUGUACAACGCUUCAAAGAAUGCAGUUACGAUACUGUGCGAUGGACUUCGACAUGAAUUACAAUUAACUGGAUCAAAAAUCAAAGUUUCGAGUGUUAGCCCGGGACCGGUGAGAACAGAUAUGUUAGCAGAUGUCAGGAAAAUCAUCACAGACCGAUCUACAGUGGAUACAACAUUUCUCCAGGUAGAAGAUGUCGCGAAUGCCGUAAUCACUUCUUUGGCAACGCCACCAAAUGUUCUUAUAGCUGAAAUGACUAUUAUACCAACUGGAUCAUUAAUACAGACUCAUUUACAACCCAGUUCUCAAGUCGUGGAAAAUGCAUUGAACUUAUAAGUUAUAAUUCAUUAUGCUAAUAUUUGUUUUAUUUGAUUCGUGUUAGUAUUAAGUAUAUUGCUUGUAUUUUAUUUAAAGAGUUUAAAGUUAACAACCAUUUGAUUAAAUGGUUAUUUGAAAAUAUACUAACGUAUUUUAUUAA